GAGGCGGAGGGUGGAGGGGGCGGCGCGCCGCGAGGUUAUUUGUGGUUCGCUUUGAUCCCAAGGGGGAACCUGAAACUCUCACAUUCCUGGCAUAGCUACCGCCUCCAACACGGAGCCUGGAGCAGCGCGCUGGGGCCCGGGCGGCCAGAGCACAGCCGCCGCCGCAGAGAGCGCAGCUCCCGCGCCAGCCCCGCCGCCCGCGUCCGGGCCCCCCCAACACGCGUGGCCCGCAGCGGUGCCACCAGCCACUGUUCAGACAAGUGUGUGGAAGUGGUGGCAGCAUGAGAACAUUGGAAGACUCCUCUGGGACAGUUCUGCACCGCCUCAUCCAGGAGCAGCUACGCUAUGGCAACCUGACUGAGACCCGCACGCUACUGGCCAUUCAACAGCAGGCCCUGCGUGGAGGAGCUGGGGCUGCGGGCACUGGAAGUCCCCAGGUUUCCCUGGAAAUCGCAGCCCCGGAAGACAGCCUCCAGCAGGCCACCAGGCAGGAGCCCCAGGGCCAGGAGCACCAGGCAGGAGAAAGCCACCUGGCAGAGAACCCCCUCUACCGCCUGUGCCCACAGCCAGGCAAGGGCGAGGAGCUGCCCACAUACGAGGAGGCCAAGGCCCACUCCCAGUAUUAUGCAGCCCAGCAGGCAGGGUCCCGUGACCCCCGGGGGGCCUCCGGCAGCUCAAGGAGGCAGGAUGAAGCCCUGCGGGAGCUGAGGCAUGGCCAUGUGCGCUCCCUGAGCGAGCGCCUCUUGCAGCUGUCCCUGGAAAGGAAUGGGGCCCGAGCCCCCAGCCACAUGAGCGCCUCCCACAGCUUCCCACAGCUGGCCCGGAGCCAGCGGGGCCCCACUACUGAGGGCCCAGAGCUCCGAGGACCUCCUCCUCAGUACCCCCACCCAGUGGGACUCCCAACGCAUGAAGCUGGCCCAGUUGCCGGUGACCCUCGAUACCGCCCCCGUGGGAGCCCUCAUUUCCAGCAAGCAGAAGUCAGGAUCCUGCAGGCCCAGGUGCCACCCGUGUUCCUCCAGCAGCAGCAGUAUCACUACCUGCAGCCGUCCCAGGAGCACCCCCCACCGCUGCACACCACUGCUCUGGCCCACGGCCCCCUGGGCUCCUUCAGCCCACCCGGAGUGGAGGGGACAGCCAAUGCACAGCCAGGCAGCAGCCACCUGGCCCAGGUGGAGGUGGUGUUGAGAGAGAAUGCCAGGCUGCAGAGGGACAACGAGAGGCUGCAGAGGGAGCUGGAGAGCUCAGCUGAGAAGGCCAGCCGCAUUGAAAAGCUGGAGAGUGAGAUCCAGCGGCUCUCUGAGGCUCAUGAGGGCCUGACCCUAGCCUCAUCCAAACGAGAAGCCCUGGAGAAGACCAUGCGCAACAAGCUGGACAGUGAAAUGAGGAGGCUGCAGGAUUUCAACCGAGACCUUCGAGAGAGACUGGAGUCUGCAAACCGCCGCCUGGCCAGCAAGACGCAGGAGGCACAGGCAGGCAGUCAGGACACAGUGUCCAAGCUGCUCGCUCAGAACUACGAGCAGCAGCAGGAACAGGAGAAGCUGGAGCGCGAGGUGGCGCUGCUGCGCGGUGCCAUAGAAGACCAGCGGCGACGCGCUGAGCUGCUGGAGCAGGCGCUGGGCAGCGCGCAAGGCCGGGCGGCCCGCGCUGAGGAGGAGUUGCGCAGGAAGCAGGCGUACGUGGACAAGGUGGAGCGGCUGCAGCAGGCGCUCGGUCAGCUGCAGGCCGCCUGCGAAAAGCGCGAGCAGCUGGAGCUGCGCCUACGAACGCGCCUGGAGCAGGAACUCAAGGCCCUGCGUGCGCAGCAGAGGCAGACAGGCCCCUGCGGUGGUGGCAGUGGCAGCAGUGGGUCCCCAGAGCUCAGUGCCUUGCGGCUAUCAGAGCAGCUUCGGGAGAAGGAGGAGCAGAUCCUAGCGCUGGAAGCUGACAUGACCAAGUGGGAGCAGAAGUACCUGGAAGAGCGUGCCAUGAGACAGUUUGCCAUGGAUGCAGCUGCCACGGCCGCCGCCCAGCGAGACACCACCCUCAUCCGCCACUCCCCCCAGCCCUCGCCCAGCAGCAGCUUUAACGAGGGCCUGCUUACCAGCGGCCACAGGCACCAGGAGAUGGAGAACAGGUUAAAGGUGCUACAUGCCCAGAUCCUGGAGAAGGACGCAGUGAUCAAGGUGCUUCAGCAACGCUCCAGGAAGGACCCUGGCAAGGCCACCCAGGGCUCCCUACGGCCUGCCAAGUCUGUGCCAUCCCUCUUUGCUGCAGCAGGGGCCGGGACCCAGAGCUGGCAAGGGCUCUCCUCUAGGGAGCAGCAAGUGGACACCCCUGCCCGGCUGGCUGCAGCACUCAGGAACCCUGUAGAAGAGCCCCCGCCCACAGCCCUGCUUCCCACCCACACCAAACAUGGGAGCACCCAGACGGAUACCCCCCCAGAAAGUGCUGUUGGCCUCCCACUAGAAGCUGAUGGUGUGGGUUGCAGUAGUAGCCAAAGGAUGGCCUCUCUGGACUCUGGGGCCACAUCCCGAGUGCAGGACUUGGCAGACAUGGUGGAGAUACUGAUCUGAAGGAAGCAGGAGGUGCCCUGGACACCCCAGGCCAGGCCCUGCUCGCCAAGGCCACUCCAGCACUGCUCCCCCACUUAAGAAGGACAGUGCAAGGGAGAAGGACGCCAUUUGGAUACCUGUACCCCAAAGACCCUGUUUCUGGGUCCAAGUUCCUUGAGGCCCCACAGAGGAUGAGAAUGAGGAAUUGGCCUGAGACGUGCUUUGUCCUAGCAGACAGCUGAGAAGCAGAUGAGACCCUCUUAACUCAUGCAUCUGACUCCUAGGCAGGGAAGGGAGGCAAGAAUGUGUCUGACAAGAAUGAGGUCUGACUUCUAAGGACUCCUCUGAGCACUAGGCAAGCUGGCUUGGUGAUCCAGUGUGGCCCACCUCUUGUUCCUCAGCUCCUUGCUGCCUCCCAAGGAGUAUCUGAGAAGUGACUGUUGAGGGCUGGCACCCAGCAGAAGCCCCAGCCUUGCCUUCUCACGUGGAGUGGACAUGGGUUCCUUUCUGGGGAGCCAAAGCCAAGGCACACACACCAUUCCAGCUCGAGGGCCUGGGAUUUGGAUGCUGGCUGGUCCACAGGUGACCAGCCAUCUCUCCCUCUUGUUUGAAAUGCCCGUGGGGCAGCCUCUUGAAAUAGCUCCACAGUUUUCUUUCCCCAGGACAUCCUGUCACUUUGGUGGUGAACUCUGAGCCAGUCUAAAUGAGCCCCCCUCCCUCCCAUGGAUGUCUGCUGAGGCAGACCUCCCAGCACCGGUUCUCUUGAAGGAGAAGAUCUCUUUUGUCACGGUGUCUUGGUUCCCGACCUGGAGGGCUCAGAGCCACCACGCUCCUGAGUAUGAAUCGCUGAGCUGCCUGAUGAGACUCUGAAUGGUGCCCUCCCUAUAGAGUGGGCCCCAGAGGCUGGUUCCUCAUGCUCUCCAUGCCCGGUGCCCCAGGCAGGGCCAUUACUUCCAGGGCAGGGGGGGGGGGACACCCAGGGUCCAGCCUGCCAACAGCCGUGACUUUGACCUCUGGUCUUAAAGACUCCCCCAAUUUAGCCCCAGCGGUGACUAGCGGGCUUGAGUUGUUUGUCUCAACUGUUUUCAGUUCUUUAAUCUUUGUGUGUGUGUAUUUUUUUAAGGUUCUGUAUGUGUUCAUCUUUUAUCUUUCCUUUCUGGACAUUAGCAUUUGCUGGACAAUUGCAUAUUUUUUUAAACUCACAUCCCGUACCCCCAACCUUCUUGGAAGCUGAACAAUACAUUUGGUUCAUGUGCAUUGUUUACAAAGCAAAAAAAGAGAAAGAAAAAGGGAAAAAAAAAAAGGGGGGGAAAGGUAAAAAAAAAAAAAAUAUU